AUGAAGAUUGCUGCAUUCAACGUACAGAAAUUUGGUGUGGCUAAGGUUUCGGAUCCUGACGCUCUUUCAACUCUUGUGAAGAUAGUGUCUCGCUAUAAUAUUAUUUUGAUUCUGGAGGUGGUGGAUGUGAGCGGCACCUCCAUCAAAGUGUUUAUUGAGAAGUUGAACAGUGUCUGCACUUCACAUCACUACACGAGCCAACUGAGUGCUCGUCUGGGGAGAGAUGACGUCAUGACGUUGAUCGACAGUUACCAGUAUGAGGAUAAUCAAGUCAACAAAGUGGAUGUUUUUUCCCGAGAACCUUACAUCCUGCACUUCAACCCACACAGCACCGUUCUGAAAGACAUAGUGCUGAUUCCGGUGCAUACCACUCCAAGGGACUCUGGAAGUCAAAGACAAGUGUAA